AAGCAGUCAUCUAGAAUAAAUUCAGUUUUAAUCAAUAAUGUUAAACAGUUGCAAUUUUAUAUAUUGGUACUGAUUUUCAUUGUUUUUUUAAACAAAAUUUCAUCAUGUACUUGAAAGAUUCUUCUUAUUACGUAUUAUACAAUCAUUAUUACGGAAUUAGAAAUGUCCGCUUUGAUAGAAAACAACUUCCACAUUCCAAAUUUGAGAAUUUUGAUUGAUUUACGUCAAUUAUCUGAAUGUUACUGUAAAAAUAAACAUUUUUAUUUAAAACUUUACAUAUAGAUUUCCUAACAAAUGUAUAUAUACCAGAUAUAAGGCGCACAUGACUACUACAUUGGGAAAUACGACUGGCACGAGUAGCACAUCGUACGUAUAAAAGAACAUUUAUAAAGUUUUGAUAUUGAAGUGAACGUGAAUAGAAAAAGUAUACUUCAAGAAUAAUUUCAGUACUUAUUUCUAACCUGCGAGAAGAGGUUAUGGCGAAACACUUAAUACAAAUAAUUAUUAUGGGCACGCGAGUUGUCGGCAAAGCCUUCGCCCGAGCAUUACGACAAGAAAUUGCUGCAAGUCAGGAAGCUGCACGCAGAUCUGGUGGUGGAAUUAGAGGCGAUCAACAUGUAGCAGCCAAUUCUAGGACUGGCAUUUCUUUGGACGAAGCGUUGCGUAUUUUAGAUGUUGAGAGAAUAGAUCAAACAGAAGCUAUUGAACGCAAUUAUAAGUAUCUCAUGGAAGCUAAUGACAGAUCUAAAGGUGGUUCAUUUUAUAUUCAAUCAAAAAUAGUACGUGCUAAAGAACGUAUAGACGAAGAACUAAAAAACAUGACUCCACCUCCUUCAAGCAAAACAUCUACGCACGAUGUUCCUAAGCAAACUUGAUUAUUUUCGUAGUCUAAAUUUAAUUAUUGUAUUCUUAAAGUCUGUACAUAUAUAUAUGUAUCAAUAACUAAUUACCUGUAUUUUAAUCAUAAAUAAGUAGUACAAAAUGCGCAGUUCCAC